AUGACAUUUAAGUCAUGGAUAAAAGGAAGUGUAUGGGGUUCAGCCAUUGUUGCAACAGGAUACGGACUUAUGAUUUAUACAACACCAAAUGAACAAGAACUUUAUCAUAGUCUUUCACCAACACUUAAGUCAAUGUAUGAUAAGAACCUUAAAGAAAAAUAUACAGAAGAAAUAACAGAGCACAUAAAAACAGCACGAAUUCUAAAAGAUUAA